AUGUCAUGUAGCCGGGGGAUAACAAUUUACUGCUACGCAAUCCCACCAGGCAACCCAUCAGAAAGAGACACUAGCUCUUAAUGAAUCCAAAGCUUACGAGGUUUCGAAGUAAUCAUAACGAAGCCAAAGCACAAUAUAGAAAAGCAACUACUCGUUCCACAGACAGUAAUCAUGCGCCAGGACAAUAUCUUUGCGUCGCAGCAAGACAGACAGUUCCAACAAACUCUCGGAAGGUGCACAAAUAACGACUAGUACGCUCGAGUUCCAGCAGGAAGGAGGGAGAUUGGGCGUACAUCAAACAUAAAUAGCAGUAGAGCAAAUCUGCCACACCAUCCAUUCUAUCAACCGCAGAACAACUCCUCACAGAAUUUUGCCCAGAAAGGACAUGUCCAGUCUGACGAAAUGGUGACUUUAUCAGGAGCCCAUUCGAUUGGCAAUAAUCGCAACUUGCUUCUCUUCCUUCUCUACACGACGGCUCAAUCAGAUCCAUCCAUGGAUUCUGCGUAUGCGGCUUUUUUGAAGACUAGAUGCCCACCAUCUAAUAAUAAUGGGGGCUCUACUAGUGAUCCAACGGUGGCGCUUGAUCCUACGCCUAACCGGAUGGAUAACAGAUAUUAUAUGGAAUUGAAGAAGAAUAGAGGACUAUUGACUUCAGAUCAGACAUUGAUGAACAGCCCUUCUACACAGAAUAUGGUGGUGAACAACGCAAGAAACAGCAGAGUAUGGGCUGCUAAGUUUGCGAAGGCAAUGGUUCAUAUGGGUUCUCUUGAUGUCCUUACUGGUACUCAAGGUGAAAUCAGAAAGCAAUGCAGUGUCGUCAACUAAUUAAGCUCUGGGACAAACAUUUUGCUAAUUAGAUAAUGUUUUGCAAUUUAUUUUUCUUUGAUUCUUUCAUUUUUUAAAAAGAAAAACAAAAUCUUGAUUUAUUUUAUGUAUAAUUUUUUUACUCUUGUUUUCCCAUUUUUAGGUUUGUAAAUCAA